AUGACAGUGACAGCAAACGGCGAUGCUGACGCUGACGCCGACACUGCUGGCUGUGCUGACGGAGUUGGUAAGGAUAUUAACGACGAUGAAGUCAGUUAUGGCUAUCAGACUUGGGAAUGGAGGAAUGCCCUGCGUGGCUACCUUUAUCCCUCCGUCUUUACUGUUCUCUACAAAGUCUUGCACAUUCUCAGACUGGACUACAGGAUCCUAUUGAUUAAAGCCCCUCGCGUGUUGCAGGGGCUCCUUGCUGCCACUGGUGACUUCUAUCUCUACAAGCUCUCAUUGCGCCUCAGCGGCACGGCCACGGCGCAGUGGACUUUGGUCUGUGAGAUAUUGUCCUGGUUUUUGCUCUACACCUACCCUCGCACCUUGACCAACGGGGCUGAGACAGCCCUCACGGUCAUCGCUCUGUAUCAUUACCCUUGGCCAAAAUUGAAACCAAAGGACCGCAAUUCCACCCUCAAGUUCCUUUUGGUCGCUGGACUCUCUGUCAUUGUACGACCGACCUCCGUCAUCACGUGGAUUCUUCUCUGUGGUUGGCAUCUUCAGAACUCCUUCUCUCUCCGUCUGUGUGUCCUCUACGUUUUAGCCAUUGGGUCCUGUCUUACUCUGUCCACUCUGGUUGAUUACCUUGGCUACGGCAAAUUUGUCCUUGUACAGUACAACUUCUUCAAGUUCAACGUGGUGUCCAACCUUGGUUCGCACUAUGGCACCCACCCGUGGCACUGGUAUGUGACGCAGGGCUACCCUGUCAUCAUAGCAACUCACCUUGUGCCGUUUGUUGCUGGGGUGUGCAAGGCCAGGAACAAGUCCCUGUUCACCGUCAUCCUCUGGACUCUCUUGAUAUACAGCUUCCUCAGUCACAAGGAGUUCCGUUUCGUGAUGCAUACGAUCCCCUUGUCAAUGCAUUACUGCGGAAUUUACUUCCACUCGUUGUGCACCGAAGACUUGCAGUCCAACACGAAGCCGCAUUCUUCAGGAAAAGGUCAUUCGUUUCCAUCUCCGGAGAAUACUUCGGAAAAUGCUUCACCGGACAGCGAACAAAAGAAGAAGUACUUCGUUCAGAAAUCACGCCUAACGAAGGCUUAUUAUCUGCUGAUAUUUCUCGCAGUCACAAACCUACCCCUUGCGUUUUAUUUCAAUCUGAUCCAUCAAAGGGGUACGGUGCUUGUGACAAAGUUCCUUCAUGAUGAAUUUGCUCCUGAAAAGUUGACCCCUACUUCUCGUGUGCUCUUCCUCAUGCCCUGUCAUUCGACCCCGUUUUACAGCCAUAUCCACAGACGAGUGCCAAUGCGAUUCUUGACAUGCGAACCGAAUCUCUCCCAGACUGACCACUAUGUGGAUGAAGCUGACCUUUUCUUCAAUGACCCUUUGAAGUGGUUGGACAAAGAGUACAACAUGACCACUUCAAAGAAGGCCGACACCUUGCCGACCCACUUUGUCUAUUAC